UCGGGUGGGGGGCUUGGAGCCAGGAUCCCUGGGUUCCCUGAAAGGUGUGUGAGAACCGCCCCCUCCCCCUUUUCCGUCUCUCGGGGAGGAAUGUUUAUCCGGGAACCUCUUUGCCAUGAGCCGGUGGGAGAAGCUGCGGUGUUUCCGUCAGGACUGCUUUCGCGGUGACACCCACUCCCCCCCCCCCCGCAGAGCUAGGUAGAGCCCCUCCAACGGGGACCUUUCCUUCCUCCUCAAUGUAUCUCCCUCUUUUUUCAUCUUCAUAUUUCCUCCCUCCUCUCCCUUUAGGACACUGGAGCUGCUACUGAGCAACUGAGGGUGGUUUGGGGGGACAGGGAAGCCUGAGCCGGACGCCCCACGGCUGCUCUUUCGAAGGGACGGGAUGGUAAUGGGGGCAGCAGGUACCUUUGGAGGUAGCUGCCCCCACUCAUCACCGAGGGACCCCUUGGCUAGUAUCCAAGGGAGUGGGGUUGGUGGGUGGAGGGCUGCCCUGAACUGACUUUUGGAGCCUGAUGCCAACUUCACCAAACCUUUAGGCAAAUUGCCAGCGUGGAUCCUUUUACCUUUGCCAGGAUGCAUUGGCAUUCCCUGCUGCCAGCUGUGUCUGCUGGAUAGGUGCCACCUAUCCCGUUUCCCAUCCCGUUUCUUCAGGAUUACCGCUACUGGCUGUCUUGGGCAACUUUGCUGCUCCUCGGAGUGCUGCUUCUAGAUUAGCCUGCUGCCGCUUGACAUGCCUCGGGUGCCAAGGUGGUGUUGCCCAGUCGCUUCUUCUUCCUGGUAACUUGGCCACGUUCUGUCAGUCACACCCCAACAGGUGCCCUGGAUCGGUACCGUUAACUGCUUCACUUGGAUCGGUGCUAUCGAUGGCCUACUGAUACUUACACCUUGGAUUGGUGCUUGUUGGAUUCUCUCUCUCUCCUCUACUGGGCAUUACUGUUUACUUCAGGAUGGUAGCAAAUGGCAUAUUUUGGUGCCCACCCAACUUGGCAUGAGACUUUGGGUGCAGCAAUGAGACUUGUCAGUCACCUUGGAGAACCACCCAAGCAGGACUUGGCAAUUCACCCAAAGGGAAUCCUCAUAAGAAGAUACCUAUGGAGCUUCAGAGACAUUCCAAGUCCAUAGGGGAUCCCCUCAGACCGCCGGAAAGCCCCCAUCUGCAAGACCCCACAAGCAACACAGGACAAUCCAUCAAGUUGGAACUGGAGGAUGAGGGAGGGGAUAUCCAGACAUCACCUCCUAAGCUCUCUCGCCCACCCGUGCCUUCUCCUGGUGGUGCCCUUCUUCAGGGUUUGAAUGGGUUACCUGGGGCAGGCAAGCGGGCACAUGUUUCUGGAGGGGCGGCAGGCACGGAACAAGGAGAACCCUCUCGAUUGGGCCGCUACUUGUUGAUUGACAGUCAGGGGUUGCCGUACACAGUGCUGGUGGAAGAGGGGGUAGGGGCGGCAGGGGCGGCAGCAGGGGGCACCGACGGGGGCGGGAGUGGGGGAUCCUUGCGGAAAGUAUACUGCUGCCCUGUGUGCUCACGGACAUUUGAGUACCUGUCUUACCUGCAGCGCCAUAGCAUCACCCAUUCAGAGAGCAAGCCUCACGUCUGCCGAGCGUGCGGCAAGGCCUUCAAGCGCACGUCCCACUUGGAGCGCCACAAGUACACCCACUCAGGCCGCAAGCCCCACCAGUGCCCCAUCUGCCAGCGCAGCUUCCGGGACUCGGGGGAGCUCUCGCAUCACCAGCGGGUGCACACGGGGGAACGGCCCUAUCAGUGCGAGGCGUGCCACAUGCGCUUUGGCGAGCGCAACACACUGCAGAGGCACAUCCGCCGGAAGCAUCGUCUGCAGCUCCUCCCCACACCAUAGAGAGUGGCCUUUGGGGACCUCCUUGUGCCACAGAGAACUGGCAUGGAAACCCUGCUGCCUGCCAAGGCCCUAGAAAUCUGUCACCCAAGCCCUACCAGCAUCCAUGCAUGUUAUUGUCAUCCUGGUGGGCAAAUAUCUGCCCCCAUCGUAUGGACCUGGAGCUUCCAAAUCUGUCAGUCAAUGUUCCAUGGAUGAGCUGGGGAAUGAAGAACCUCACCCACUUAUGCCACAAGCUACCUGGCAUGGAAAAGCCAGCUUGCUAAGACCUAGCAUGGACACUUCCUGAUUCCUCGUGCCACAAGGACCUGUUGUGGAGAUCCUGGCCUACCACCUUUAUAGAAACUCUAGUUUGUCAUGCCCGUCUAUGCUCCUGAUCACCUAGCAAGGAGACUCUUUCCCUCCUGCUUUAUCCCACUUCCACUCCAUACACUUUUAGCAUGGAUACAGUGGCCUGUCAUUGCCCAUCUAUACCACAAAGAGCAUAUUCUACUAGCAUUCAACUUUGCCACAAAGUCCUGAAGGGGACACCUUGUCCCAUGGCAUGGCUGUGUGGAAGGGAAAGUCCAGCCCACCUUGCCCUGAUCCAGCAAACACGGCAAGACACUGUACCCAUUAUAUACGCCCUAAGGACAUGUCUUCAUGCAAAUUACAGCCUGGCAAUGCAUGCCUGUUAAUAAGCUCCUACUCCUUGGUAGACCCAGCCUUGAAAUCCCAGCUCUCUCCCAAGUGCUAGCUUAGAAGCAUACAUCCCUUGACCCAGAAACACUGUAUGGAGCUUCAACCUAUGAAAAAUGAAGGCCUAGCUAUUUUAUAAAGAUACUCACCAAUAAUAUAAAUGUUGGUUCCAAUUAACUUGGAAGAAAAGGGACUAGAGUUUCAAAAUGAGUUUAGCAAGAGGUCCAAAUUGAAUUUUGGCAAAAUAUGCCUUUUUGUUUUGAGUCCCCUACAAAUGCCUCACUGGGUAGUGCUGGUAUACCAGCCUGGUAUAGGAUAGGACCUCUGACCUUGAACUUUGAGUUCCCAUCUCAACACCUGUGGACAAACUUCACCCCCACCCCCAGUCUCAAAUCCUCUGUAAUAAACAACCUGAAAACACUCUGAAGGACUGGUAGGAGGAGGCUGGAAAAAGGGUGAGUGGAACAAAGGCUGCAAUCCUAUGCCCACUUACCAAAGAAUAAAUCUUAUUGAAUACAGUGGACCUUACUUCUGCGUAAGCACAUAGAUUAUUGUGCUGAGAAUUCCAUACCAGAGAGGAACAUAGGAAGGUGCCAUAUACCAAGUUAGACCCAGGGGUGUAGCUAUAAUUGAGCGGAUGGGUUCAAAGAACCCAGGCCCCUCAGAUCCACCCUUCCCUAUUUUCUUCAUUAUCUCCCUCACUCCGAGCAGCUGCUGGGGAGAGGGGCGAACAUGGCCCCCUCUCCCCUAGCUACGCCCCUGGUCAGACUACUGGUCCAUCUAGCUCAGUAUUGUCUACCUAGACUGGCAGCGGCUUCUCCAAGGUCUCAGGCAGGAAUCUCAGUCACUCACCAUUUAAGAGAUUCUGGUUCUGAUUUAAAAACAAAAACCUAGGUGAGGAGUGGGGGAAUAGAGAGAUGGGAUAUCUCCUACCUACAUAGAGGAAUGGGAUAUUUCCACACUUGCAGGCCUUCCCUACAAUCUUUAAUUUCUGAACUCUACACUUUUCUCAUGAAUAAAUGUUGCUGAUACAACAUUCCUUCCAAAAGAUGCUGCUACUGCUAGUCCAACCUCCAGAUCAGAGACAUUCAUGGGCCCAUCUGCCCUGAUAUCAGGCUUUGUUUCCUUCUGGUCUCUGAUUAGAUGCUGAGAACCAUUUCAACCAGUUUCCUCAAUAGUUGUGGGGCAGAGGCCAUGUGCUUGUAGGAGUGGAUUUAAAUCCUAGUUCUGCAGCAAAAGAACAUGUUGGGCUUCAUCCCAGACCUUUUGACUUGUGGGAUGGAUAUGAUAAGACUGUUGUGGUUUCCUACAAUAUUUAACAAUCUUAGCAUCUCUCUGUUCUCUUGAAGAAGGGAAAUAAGUGGGAGAGACUGAUAUACAGAUAUGUAUUCCAAGGUAUCAGAUAGAUUGGUACCUCCAAAGUUUGCCAGGGAGAUCCCUGGAUAAUGUUUCCGCCCACUUCAUAUUUAGUGUGGAAUCUUUGAUCUUUGUGUGUGUCCUUGUUUUUGUUUUUUUUAAUUAAAAAUAAUUCUCUGGGGUUUUUGGUUUCUCUUUGUCUGCUACAGAAAUAAAGUGAUGCUGUGUUACUUC